GACGUUGAGCAUAAUAAUAUGAAAGCAAGAGCAUCUCUCGAGAUGAGAAGAAGAAGAUCAUAACCUCCUGCCUCACCUGGCUCCUCUCCACGAAAUUCCUCAUCCUAUAGACUAGCACAUACACACAAUGUCUGCUCUCACAAUUAACGACUCUACCGUUCUCACACAGCUCUUUGACCCAGAGUCUGCCCCAUCGUCCGCAUCACCAAGCAUAGACGCUUCACUUCCUACCGAUCCGUACACACCCUUCGACCUUCUCCAGACCCUCAAGCAAACGGAGUUGAAGGCGAUCAAGCUUGCAGAAUCUUCACCCACAUCUCUACCAGAAUCUCGCAAGAUCCUGGAGGAGCUAACCACUGCCCAUCCGACCUAUGCAUCGGCGCACAACAAUCUCGCACAGGUCUUGCGAAUGCUCUCCGUGCCCGCAACCGAGAUCCUUCCCCACCUAAACGAAGCCAUCAAACUAUCCUCCCCAUCAACACCGACUUCGUCACUCUCCCCCUCGCAGGCAAAGAUACUAAGUCAGGCUUAUACACAACGGGCCGCGAUAUAUUACUCCAUGUUUAAGCAAGGUGGAAGCGAGGAUAUGGAGGCAGCGGCUUCUAGGGAUUUCUUCGAAGGUGGCCGUUACGGAAAUGGCAUUGCUCGGGAAAUGGCGGUUCGGACAAAUCCUUACGCUAGACUUUGCGGGGCGAUCGUCAAGGAAUCUAUGAAGAAUGAGUACGGGGAGUGCCUGUAGAAUCCUUUUUAGAUUCUUUAUUCACGCGGUGCCGGUACUUGUAAGAUGAGACGUCUUUUUUUACUUUUUCUACUUCUUUUUUCUUUUCAACAGGAAAUAUAUGGGAUGCCGAAACAACGAGUUUGUACUGAAUGCCCGAUAACAGAAAAGUU